CCCCGAUCAUCUUCCAUUCCAUACAUCAUACACUCUCUCCAGUCCUCGGUGACUUCAAUUCCCCUUGUCACAUUCUUAUUCGUCAUACUUGAGCUUUCAAGAUGGCGUCUAAAGAAGAGAAUGUUGUUGAGGAUAAGGAUGCGCUUGACGCGCUCGAGGCAGAAUCUAAGGAGUUCGAUAAGGAUGCCGAGAUCGAUCGUAUCUUGAAGGCUUUCCGAUUAGAUGCGUAUGCGGUUCUAGAUCUAAACCCGGGUGUCCCCGAAUCCGACAUUAAGAUAACGUACCGCAAGAAGUCGCUACUCAUCCAUCCUGAUAAAACGAAGAACCCACAGGCUCCUGAGGCCUUCGACCGACUGAAGAAGGCGCAAACCGAAUUGAUGGACGAGAAACACCGAGAACGAUUAGACGAGGCUAUCGCAGAUGCGCGCAUGCUCUUGAUUCGGGAGAACAAGUGGACGGUUGACAGCCCGGAGCUGAAAACAGAGAAAUUUGCCAAAGAAUGGCGCGACAAGACCCGCGAGGUUCUUAUCGACAACGAAAUGCGACGUAAACGCCAGGUGAAGGCCCAGAUGCAGGAGGAAGGCCGCGAGCAACGUCGAGCCGACCAGGAGGUCGAGGAGCGCAAGCGCAAGAGACAGCACGAACAAGACUGGGAAAGCACCCGUGACCAGCGCAUCGAUAGCUGGCGUCAGUUCCAGAAGUCCAAGUCCGGCGACGACAAGAAGAAAAAGAAGAAGUUGAAGCCGAUCGGUUAAGAGAGCGAGGGAUUUGAAUUACUUUUUAUUAUUAUUUUUUAUCGCUAUUACAGGGCACAGUAACAUAAGGGCGGCUGGAGGCGAUGGAAAUUUGCUUACACACAGGGAACCGCGUGGCUCGUCAAAUUACCUAUAAUUCCAGAAGACGAAUGAUGAGUGAUGGAACGACUACACUAUGGGCUACGACGUGAGUUCAAUUGAUAGAUCGAAAAAUCUAUGAGCCUAACUCCCUUAGUGACAUUAAUACCCGAGUUUGUCGUUACCAACGCGGUCGA